AUGCCGGCUCUACAGGUUCCCACGCCUCAGCUGGCUCUGCAGGUUCCCGCGCCUCAGCUGGCUCUGCAGGUUCCCGCGCCUCAGCUGGCUCUACAGGUUCCCGCUCCUCAGCCGGCUCUACAUGUUCCCGCGCCUCAGCUGGCUCUGCAGGUUCCCGCUGCUCAGCUGGCUCUGCAGGUUCCCGCACCUCAGCUGGCUCGACAGGUUCCCGCUCCUCAGCCGGCUCUACAUGUUCCCGCGCCUCAGCUGGCUCUGCAGGUUCCCGCUGCUCAGCUGGCUCUGCAGGUUCCCGCACCUCAGCUGGCUCUACAGGUUCCCGCGCCUCAGCUGGCUCUACAGGUUCCCGUGACUCAGCUGGCUCUGCAGGUUCCCGCGCCUCAGCAGAAGAGAUCGGCCUGCUGCUGGUCCUCGGGACCGUCCCUCUGGUCGUCGUCCUGCGGCUGGAGCCGCACGAGUGAUGAGGAUAGCAGUGUUGAGGAUAGCAGUGAUGAGGAUAGCAGUGAUGAGGAUAGCAGUGUUGAGGAUAGCAGUGAUGAGGAUAGCAGUGUUGAGGAUAGCAGUGUUGAGGAUAGGAGUGAUGCGGAUAGGAGUGUUGUGGAUAGGAGUGAUGAGGAUAGCAGUGUUGAGGAUAGCAGUGAUGAGGAUAGCAGUGAUGAGGAUAGGAGUUAUGAGGAUAGGAGUGAUGAGGAUAGCAGUGAUAAGGAUAGCAGUGUUGAGGAUAGCAGUGAUGAGGAUAGCAGUGUCGAGGAUAGCAGUGAUGAGGAUAGCAGUGAUGAGGAUAGCAGUGAUGAGGAUAGGAGUGUUGAGGAUAGCAGUGAUGAGGAUAGCAGUGAUAAGGAUAGCAGUGUUGAGGAUAGCAGUGAUGAGGAUAGCAGUGUCGAGGAUAGCAGUGAUGAGGAUAGCAGUGAUGAGGAUAGCAGUGAUGAGGAUAGGAGUGUUGAGGAUAGCAGUGAUGAGGAUAGCAGUGUUGAGGAUAGGAGUGUUGAGGAUAGGAGUGUUGAGGAUAGGAGUGUUGAGGAUAGCAGUGUUGAGGAUAGCAGUGAUGAGGAUAGCAGUGUUGAGGAUAGGAGUGUUGAGGAUAGGAGUGAUGCGGAAAGGAGUGUUGUGGAUAGGAGUGAUGAGGAUAGCAGUGUUGAGGAUAGGAGUGUUGAGGAUAGCAGUGUUGAGGAUAGCAGUGUUGAGGAUAGGAGUUAUGAGGAUAGGAGUUAUGAGGAUAGGAGUGUUGAGGAUAGGAGUAAUGAGGAUAGGAGUAAUGAGGAUAGCAGUGAUGAGGAUAGCAGUGAUGAGGAUAGGAGUGUUGAGGAUAGGAGUUAUGAGGAUAGGAGUGUUGAGGAUAGCAGUGUUGAGGAUAGCAGUGAUGAGGAUAGCAGUGUUGAGGAUAGCAGUGUUGAGGAUAGGAGUGAUGCGGAUAGGAGUGUUGUGGAUAGGAGUGAUGAGGAUAGCAGUGUUGAGGAUAGCAGUGAUGAGGAUAGCAGUGAUGAGGAUAGGAGUUAUGAGGAUAGGAGUGAUGAGGAUAGCAGUGAUAAGGAUAGCAGUGUUGAGGAUAGCAGUGAUGAGGAUAGCAGUGUCGAGGAUAGCAGUGAUGAGGAUAGCAGUGAUGAGGAUAGCAGUGAUGAGGAUAGGAGUGUUGAGGAUAGCAGUGAUGAGGAUAGCAGUGAUAAGGAUAGCAGUGUUGAGGAUAGCAGUGAUGAGGAUAGCAGUGUCGAGGAUAGCAGUGAUGAGGAUAGCAGUGAUGAGGAUAGCAGUGAUGAGAUGAGUGUUGAGGAUAGGAGUGUUGAGGAUAGCAGUGUUGAGGAUAGCAGUGUUGAGGAUAGGAGUGUUGAGGAUAGGAGUGUUGAGGAUAGCAGUGUUGAGGAUAGCAGUGAUGAGGAUAGCAGUGUUGAGGAUAGGAGUGUUGAGGAUAGGAGUGAUGCGGAAAGGAGUGUUGUGGAUAGGAGUGAUGAGGAUAGCAGUGUUGAGGAUAGGAGUGUUGAGGAUAGCAGUGUUGAGGAUAGCAGUGUUGAGGAUAGGAGUUAUGAGGAUAGGAGUUAUGAGGAUAGGAGUGUUGAGGAUAGGAGUAAUGAGGAUAGGAGUAAUGAGGAUAGCAGUGAUGAGGAUAGCAGUGAUGAGGAUAGGAGUGUUGAGGAUAGGAGUUAUGAGGAUAGGAGUGUUGAGGAUAGGAGUAAUGAGGAUAGGAGUAAUGAUGCAGGAUAG